CUUUUUACAGUAGUGUUUCCCACUGACAUUAACACCAUGACAUUUUUAGCAGACAGUUUGUGACUCUCUGAUUUAGCUCGUGUCACUUAUGUCAAGUUUAUUUAUAUAGCACAUUUUCCUAAUAAUGGGAAUUCAAAGUGCUUUACAUAAUAAAGGGAAUAAAAUCAGAUGGAAGUGUAUUGCUAAAAUAUCCUGAAGGCUUAAAAAGAAAAAGAUUUAAAAGCUGAAUUCAUACAUUGAUUAAAAAGUGUAGUCUGUGUAGACUAAAAGUGUAGAAUAGAAUGUGUUCUUGGAUUAAUGUUUUACAUCGUAAUGCAAACCAUGCAUCAGGUUGCAUUUCUAAAAGCUCUCGGGCACUAAGAUAUCUGUAUUCACCUAAUUCUUUAUGAGGUGUUGGUUUAUGCACUCUGAGUAAAUACCGUUACGUCCAUAAGUUGCAACAAAAGCUCCUCUUUGCAGGUCUGAACCCGUCUCUCGGCAGCAUGGACUCAGAGUACAGCAUGGGUUCGACUCAAAGUGAUUUCAGCUUGCCUGAAGAGAAUCCAGCUCUGAAGGAUGCAUUAAGCGCUACGCCGGCCAGCCCCACAGCUCCAGUCUUCCUCGGCGUGAAGCCCCCCGUGCCCACCCUUCAGCCGCUCAACACAGAGGGGCAGGGCACUCAUAAUCACUCACUAGUCAGUUUCAGAGAGGGGCGAAGGGCUUCAGACACGUCUCUCACUCAAGGUUUAGUGGCAUUCAGACAGCACCUCCAGAACCUGGCCAGAACCAAGGGUUUCCUGGAGCUGAACAAAGCUCAGAUAGUGUUAGGAGAUGGUGGAGGCGGCGGUAAACCCACCAUCGGCCCCCAGGAGCUCCUAGAGCCUCACCACCCGUUCAGCCACCAGGGAGAAGGACGCCAGUGUCUAAGUGGAAAAGAUACGUCAACAUUCACUGGUAAAAUGCACCCUUAUUUGCUAUCCAGGAGACAGAGUUUGGAGACGCAGUACCUCGCUCAGCGACUACAGAGGGCCAGUCAGUUGGCAAGUGGUCUUGGCAGUGGACAGAUGUUUUCCAAAGAGGCUGCACCACGCACUUUAGAGCAACAGCUCCAGGAGCACAGACUGCAGCAGAAGAGGCUCUAUCUCCAGAAGCAGUCUCAGGUACAGGCUUACUUCCAUCAGAUGCAGCUGGCUGAGGACGCCUACCGCCCUCCCCAGGACAGCAGAGACCCCCAGCACAGCAGCAGCCCCUUAUCCAGCCCCCCCUUCACACGGACCCAGACCUUUACCCCUUUUCUGGAGCCCGGCACCUCAACCCUGACGUACGGCCCCAUGCCAACCCGUUUCCCAGACUGGCCUCCGCCUCCAGACAACUGCACAAACUACACCCCAUCCCUCCCCACAGAGCCCCUGUAUGCGUGGAGCCCUGCCCAGCCACCUCUCCCAUCGGGCAAAGCGGAAAACCCUUCGGCUCAGCCCGCUCCCGAAGCCCCCUUCCUGGACUGCGAGAUGAUGGAGACCGUGGAGGCCCCACAGGGCUGUGUACUCGUAAACUAAAUGUGAAAAAAAACACUCUGAGGCUGGCUCUCAGGCAUAAGAUGUGGCGAAAAAAAAAUUUAAAAUACGCCCUCAGGAACGAACAAGACGCCAUGGUCUUAAAACCUACAGAACUGUGGUAGACCAUUACAGAACUUCAUUUUGAGACAUGUUUGUGCGAUACUCUAUUGUCCUGAAAUGUUUUUUGUUUCGUUUUUUUUCUGGUAAGCACAGAUUAAAUGUAGUGCAGCGACCAUAGAGUUUAAAAAUCAGUAUUAAAGCAAUAUUCCUUUUCCUAUAUAAUACUCUAGAGUUCUACGAGUUGCAGUGUUUUUAUAAUUAGUUUGUUUAAUCCUCACAUGAUCAGUAGCUAUUCAAGUUUUCCUUAUUAGUAUUGUGUGAUUUUAAAUAAUAGAUAUAAUCAACAGAGAAAUGUGUAAAUAUUAGGACUUUAUCUAAGGGAGGAAAAAGAAGUAACCUUAAAGUCAACAUGAAACAGCAGUGAUGAACUGAGACGAGAACAAAAUAUUGAAUCAGACCUGGGUUUCAAAGAUUGCCAACGCUUUACAAUAAGGUUCAAUUUGUUAUAAGUAGGUGUCAUGACCUGGCCAGAAAAUAAUCAACUAUGAACAAACAAUAAUUUACAGCAUUCAUCAAACUACAUUGAUUUUAAUUCAUGCAUAUAAUUUAACUUCUUUAAAUGUACAUAUUCACAAUUAGCAUUAGUAAAUUAAAACGAAAUAAACCAAGUAAAAAUAAACAAUAGUAUAUUAAUAAAUGAACAUUAACCAAGAUUAAUAAAUGCUGUGACAUGUUGCAUUGAUUUAUUUCACAAGCGCUACAUGCUCAUUUAAAUGCUGCAGAUCAUUUUGCAAGCCAACCCACACAUUACGGUUCUUUCACACCAUGUCAGGAUGAAUGUAAUUGUAAGAAUCUGACUUGAGGACGUUCAAGUCGUCUUAGAAUUUGUAAUUACAAAUUAUGAAUUUUCUGAGAUCGUAGUACCAGCUGACCGCUGCAAACCCGAAAAAAAAAAAAAACAUUUAAAAUGACAGCAAUUUCAGCUGCAAAUUGUAGUGAAGUAAUAAUAUUGGGUCAUAUUUCUGUCUAAUAAUAUAAUUAAAUUAAUACAUAUAAUUAAAAAUAAUUCCAGUAAUUGACUGUUGUUCAUGUCUUGAUAAUGCCAGGAUAAUCUAAAAAAAUAAAAUAAAAACAAAAGACAAUAGUAUAACUGUCCCACUAAUAAGCCAUUUGCAUUAUGACUGUUAUUUGAUAUUUUGUAUUGAUUUCUUUUUGUUGAUUGCUCAAAUUACACAGAUUCUUUUUGGCAUUAAUGGUGUUUCCAAAAAGUGUAUUCAGGAUGGAAACAGUCAUCGCCUAGUAGUUACCGAAAUUAUGACAUGGUGUGAACGCAGUAUUGGCAUCACCCUGGUUCUCUCAACAAAAGCCAAUAUGAUUUUCUCAUCAUUGUGUAAAAUAAGCUGCCGCCAGCAAAAUGUAUAAUUCUUGCACAUUUUGUUCGAGACCAUGAACGUAACAUUCGUGAACUUUGCAGACUAAAUAUAAUCCGCAGAAGCGGUCACACGACUUCAAUGUCACCACAAUUACACGUCCUACAACUCUUGCAGCCUCAAAUAUUUAAAUUCUAAAUUAAAUUUGGAAAAAUUGAGUUUGAGGAAGUAUAAACAAAUCAAGUCUGUGUUCAGUGUCGCAUUUAAUGCACCUCCGUGGUCCCGUUUAGCUACUUAUUAGCAACCACCUUUUUCAAAACAUGUAAAACCUUAAGAUUUUUUUUAAUGACUGAAGAGCUAGCGUGAACCACCGAACUUCUUCAAGGCUCUGACUCCUUCCUGCAGCACUCUUGUAACGUGUUACCACAUUGCUGUUUGACUACUGGUAAACAUUAACAGGCACGACCUAGAUGAUGUCAACUGACAAAGUAAAGCUGUAUCGGCGUGGCGCAAUGAUUGAAAGAUUACAAAAAGAAAUCAUCUGUGAAAUAAUACACAGCAAUGGUUAUGCACAGCAAGACCAAACAACGUGGGGUUGGUUUUGAGUUCAUGUUGACUUUAACAUCACACUACCUACUUCAGACUUAUCAGCGGACUGGAGAAGUACAGUACGUGGUUUUUCUGACCGUACUUUUGUUUUUAGAGUCGUUGUGAACAUUAACAGAAUUAACAAUGAUCUCACACAGCGUGCACUAUUACUCAAACCGAAGUCCAGCAGAUUUUUUUUUUUUUUUUUAGAAACGUAAGUGUUGUGCCUUUCUAUUCUUCUUAUUCCUUUUUGAAGAAUGUCCGUUUUUAGAUUUAAUUCUUCAUGUACAACUUCCUGUUUGGAAAUGCAGUAUGAAGCACCCUCUUUUGACAGAUACCUUGAACCAAAGUCUCCGUUUAGGUUCUAUUUUGAAGUCCACUAUGUGGAUCGUUCUGGAACCAUCCAGCUACGCGAGAUAGCUGUCGUGGUCCAACAGUAUAUGCCAUUCAGAAGUAUAGCAAUAUCUAGAGUAAUAGUUCUGAUGUUUAAAAUGGGUGUCGACAGUGAGUGUUGUCAUUUUAUGCCUUCGAGGGAAAAAGAUCUUAUUGUGAUUAUUUAGAAUCUGUAGUCAGAUCCUUCUUGACUAUUGUUGAUAUUCAUACCAACAUUGAAAAGUGAGCUGUUUUGUUAUAGUCGUUUUUCAGUGCUGAAAAUGUCUCCCGAUGUGUAAUCACAAUAUGAAUUUUGUUAUAUUCAGUUGAAAAUGCUGAGUUCCUUGCACAAGGGGGAAUAAAAUCGUUCCUUGAGUGAAAA